CUAGCAAACAAAAACAACACUGAGGAUAAACUACCAAGAACGCCAACUUUUUGUUUAUCAAUUUUUCUUUGUGAUUCUUCUUCGAAAGCAUAUUCUCAACGCGCCUGACUACGUGUCGCUUCCCCAUUCCACGAGAACGACAGAAGAAAGAAUCUCGGAGCCCAAUAUCUUCAUUGUGUGUUGCUGCGUGUGUUCGUAUAUUUUCUCCCAAAGAUUCCACACUCGGCUAGAGAGGCACAGUCAACAGCAACGAAGCGACUGGUAGCGGUAGUGGUGGCUCUUCACAUCACCUGCAUGUUCAUUUAUUUGCCAACUGCUGACGACAUCGGAGGCAAUUUGGGAUUCGAGUUGGAGAAAAAAUUAUAAAUUUUUCUAUACUGUUUCUUAGUGGAAACCGCAACAUGAAGCUGUAUUUGGGAUUUGGCCUAAUCGCGCUAAUGGCCGGUAUUGUUGUGGCUGAUGAAAGCAAGGGACCCAGAGUAACCGAUAAGGUUUUCUUUGAUAUCAGCAUUGGUGGUGAACCAGCUGGACGCAUUGAGAUUGGUCUCUUUGGCAAAACAGUGGAGAAAACAGCACGCAAUUUUAAAGAACUCGCUGAGAAACCAGAAGGUGAAGGCUACAAGGGCAGCAAAUUCCACCGCGUUAUCAAGGACUUUAUGAUUCAAGGUGGGGAUUUCACCAAGGGCGAUGGCACUGGCGGGCGUUCGAUCUAUGGUGAACGCUUCCCCGAUGAGAACUUCAAGCUGAAGCAUUAUGGCGCCGGCUGGUUGAGCAUGGCCAAUGCUGGCAAAGAUACCAAUGGUUCACAGUUCUUUAUCACGACCAAGGCUACCGAAUGGCUGAAUGGACGUCAUGUCGUUUUCGGCAAAGUAUUAUCCGGCAUGGAUGUUGUGCGUAAAAUAGAGAGCUCUGAAACAGAUGGACGUGAUCGUCCCACCAAAGAUGUGGUUAUUACCGAUAGCGGUUCCUUACCUGUGCCUGAACCAUUUGCCGUCUCGAAGACUGAUGCUACCGAUUAAGUGUGAGCAAAUCGCGUACUAAAUGCACGUACACAUACAAAUUCGCAUUAAGAACAAGAAAAGUACGAGUAUUUAGAAAGCUGAGGCGAGUGAAAGCAGUUGGCGAAAGAAAUAAGAAAUGUUAACAUUUGCAUAAUGCGAGAGUUGAGAUUAUACAAUAAAAAUAAUUAAAAACGAAAAGCAAUUUUAUCAGUGUUAUAGCAAAAAGAAAAAGAAAAGUUAAAAGGCUUAAAUAUUUACAUAAAUUAAAACUUAAUAGUUUCUCAACA